CAUUGGAGUGCUCUAAAUCUGAUGGUGGCGACAGAGUUCCUGUGAGUCCCAUCCACCGUUCUGUCCUUGGGAUCAUCCUCUUUGGACCACACAGGCGGCCUCGGCAGGCAGGCAAUAUAGUGCCCACUUACAUUCCUUAAGGCGCUCUGACUGCUGAUGCCCUGCCUCCCAGGGCUCUUGGGGGCCCGGGGCCUUGUCUGAUCCUUGUUUUUUGACCCCGCCUGUCCCCACCGCGGGGCCCGCUGCCCAGGAGGCAGGCACAGAAACAACGCCAGGGCUCCCCGCCCGCCCCGCCCCCCCCGCCCCCCCGCACCUUCUGGUGCCUCCAUCAGAAAGUCCUGAAUUUGGAUCAUGUGCGGCUUCAGACUCCUGGAGGAGCGCAGGGGGCUCGGGCCACACUAACCUGUGCGCCCAGCCGGCCCCAGCAUCGGCCCCUGAGGGCCAGGGCGCCCCCGGGCCGGGCCCGUCCACACCCGGCCCAGCCCAGGUGACCAGGAGAGAGCCGGGCAUACCUGGCGCAGAACCCUGACCCCGCCCCGGGCCGCACCCGGAACGCGGAACGCGCUCUCCGCGGGUCAGAGCCAGCCAUGGCGGCGGCGCCGGCCCUGUGCACCUCGCCGGGGCCCCAGCUGAGCGGUGCACCUUCCCCGGCGGCGGGCGCGCCGGGGCUGGCGUCCGGCCUGGGCCGCUGCCGGAUGGCGCUGCUGCUGGCCGUGGCGCUGGACGUGGCGGGCAUGGCGGCGCUGCUGACCGGCGUGUUCGCGCAGCUGCAGGUGCGCGGCCGCGACUUCGGCGACCUGCUUAUCUACACGGGCGCGCUGCUUGUCUUCCUGAGCCUGCUCGGCUGGAUCCUCUGGUACACCGGCAACAUCGAGAUCUCGCGCCAGGAGCUCGAGCGCGACUACGGCCUGAGGCCCUCGGCGCUCGCCCGCCUCGCGCGGAAGCUCUCCCGCCGCUGGUCGGCGCCGGCUUCCUCCGCCGUCGGCCGGCGCGCCGCGCCCGGCUCCCAGGGAGCGCGCCGCGUCGCCCGCACGCCUCCGCCUCCCGCCGCCGGUUCCCGCCGCGUGCGCCUGCAGCUCGCCUCGCUGGAGGCCGGGCCCGGGGCGACGGGAGCGGGCACAGAGUGAGCCCGAGGUGAGGGAAUUUCGAGAAUAGUCACCUGGAUCAAAGGCUACGUUCUGUGUUUCAGAUGAGGAAACAGUUGAAGACGAACAAAUGUAUGCAUAGACGAAGCGUGAGCUAACACACAGUUUGACAUACCAUGCAGAAAUAACUGCCAGUGGUUAAAAUUACCCCCUGGAAACACUUUACGUUGCCCAGAAAUCUUAACGCAGCUGUGGCAGACCAGAACCUGCUGCCAGAACCACUUGCCAGAAACUGGCCAAGCUGAUUGGACUCUAGGCCCCUCUGAGAAGGAAAAUGGGCUUGUCCAAAGACAGGACUCUCAUCAUGGGCAGGGCGAGGUGGCUCCAGCACCCAAGCGACAGAGAACUGGAAUUUGAACAGAGGGACUAUGGGUGGGACUCCAGGAGCUCCUCUCUCCCUCUGGGACCAAAACCCAUUGGGAUGCACAGACCCAGCCCCAGCCCACGUCAUUUCUCCCCGUGUCAUCUCCUCUGUCUCCGCCUCUCUGUGUCCCUGUGUCUGUCACAGUCCAUCUCCCAUGUCCCUCUGCGUCGUGCCUCUGUGGUCCCCUCGACUUCUCUGCCUCUCGUCUCCCACCCUGUACCCCUGGGGUCCGCUGCAUUAAAGGGACAGUUGCUGCUGCCAGCAGGCUGCGAAAAUCGGAGGAGCCCUGAAUGAGCAAGUGUGAGAGUCCGUUGUGAGGGGCCAAAGCAGGAGGAAGGGGCCCCUGGCCGUGCAUGGUGGACCUGGGAUGCAGGGGUCCCGAGCCACCACUAACGCCACC